AUGAAUUCUGGGGAGGGUCCACAAAGAAAGCUCCCAAGUGCACCAGAGCCACAAAGAAAGCUCCCAAGUGAACCAGAGCCACAAAGAAAGCUCCCAAGUGAACCAGAGCCACAAAGAAAGCUCCCAAGUGAACCAGAGCCACAAAGAAAGCUCCCAAGUGAACCAGAGCCACAAAGAAAGCUCCCAAGUGCACCCGAGCCACAAAGAAAGCUCCCAAGUGCACCAGAGCCACAAAGAAAGCUCCCAAGUGAACCAGAGCCACAAAGAAAGCUCCCAAGUGAACCAGAGCCACAAAGAAAGCGCCCAAGUGCACCAGAGCCACAAAGAAAGCGCCCAAGUGCACCAGAGCCACAAAGAAAGCGCCCAAGUGCACCAGAGCGAUAA